UUGCUUUUCACCCCGCCCAAACGUCUGCUCAAAAAAUUUGUGUCCAACAAUCCAUCUAUGACGUUUUAUCCUCGGAGCCACCAGUAAAUAUCCGCGUACAUAUAUACGCGCAAAGAUGGUGCCACGGGCACGUCCCCGUCAUCGACCUUGGACAGUAGCAACGCUCGCUGGCGUGGCGUCGCUGCUUCUCCCCGCUGCGACGCUGAUGCGGUUAUACGCUCUGUCGCGGUUUCCCCUAUAUGCGGUUAUGUAUGCUGGUGCUAUUAGUGGGGUUACGUUUUUGUUUUAUGGGUAUGAUAAGAUGCAGGCGCGCAAUAUGGAGUGGAGGGUCAAGGAAACGACGUUGCAGACGCUGGCGCUUGUUGGCGGGUGGCCGGGUGCACUGGCGGGGAUGCAUUAUUUUCAGCACAAGACGAAGAAGGUCGCAUUCCAGGUUGUGUUCUGGGGGAUUGUGCUGUGUUGGGAGGGUGUUGCUUGGUUAGUGUGGAGUAGAGGGGCCACAGUAGGAAGAUGAGGUGAGAUCAAGACAUUGAUUGAAUAGUUGAGGUUCAUGAGAUAUUGAGUGUUAUUACAAAGGGGUCGUCAAGGUCGUAGGAGGCGGUAACAGCCACCGGAAGAAGAAAAGAGAUGCGUCAUAAUCAUAUCCGAACAACGAGAACGCUCAUCAAAGAUAACCAGCCGCUCAUCCACCCAAACAUCAUCACG